UCCGUAGGUGGUGACUAAAAGGACUCAAGAUGAGCGCGGAGCACGUCGGAAGUGAGUCGGCUUCCGCUUCCGUUAGCUCGGCAAAAGCAGCCACUUCCAGAGAGGACUUGAACAGCGCCAGAUCUAUCCUACCUCCUCUACGAGAGAGCUCCACAAAUAGAGGUCAGACUGGUGGCAAAAACAAGACUCACAAUGACGUCACUGCUAAUAGCAGACAGCCAACUAUUGAAGAAGGGACUGGUAAGGCGAGGAAUGAAGGGGGUGAGGGGUCAAAGGUUGUCACAAGAGAAAACACGAAAACGGAAGUACAGAGCUUGGGAAUGGGUAAGAAGACUGCAACCCUCUACCUCAGUCGGACCCAUACCAUGAUGAAAGGCCGGACGUCGUCGCAAGCUCUGAAAAGCCACCAGAAAAUAAAACCCCAGAUGACCUGGAUGAGGAGGAGCGACUCAAACGGAAAUACUGCCGCAUUUACAUCGACUCCUGCCGGAAGUUCGGAGUGCUUCCGGUUGCCCCGGUCGCCAAUUCCAUCGCGGAUUCCCACGUUGUGCUAAAAACCCGUGGACUCGGGGUCAAGGGCGCUCGAGCCAUAGCUACGGCCCUAGUGGGCAACAAAAAGGUGAAGAGCCUUGACCUUGAGGACAACUGGAUCGGCGCAGACGGGGCAGUAAGCAUCGCCAGCAUGACCUUGGGAAACGAUUGCAUUACUGAGAUCAAUAUUUCAGAAAACAGAAUAGGUACAAAGGGGAUUCGUGCGAUCUGUGAAGCUUUGGCGGAGAACAGAACGAUCAGAAAGCUGGACGUUUCAGGAAGCAAUCUUUUCGACCACGACGCAAAAUACAUAGCCAUGUUGUUGGAGUCCAACUUUUGUCUCCAAGAGCUGAAGGCGAGGAACAACAAAUUUGGAGAACUGGGUGGAUUAUACCUAGGACCUGCUAUAGCAAAUAAUGAGUUCCUUCAAGUUCUUGAUUUGUGCUGGAACCAUCUACGGGGGAAAGGUGCAUUUGCCGUCGCUGCUGGAAUUGGGGCUAACGUGGCACUCAAGGUUAUUGAUUUGUCCUGGAACGGAUUCUGUUCAAAGGCCUGUAAAAUAUUGGGAGACUCUUUACUGGAAAACAUUUCUCUGAGAGAGCUGGACUUGACCCGUAACAGAAUAAACGCUGAAGGAGUUGGUGGUAUCAUGAAGGGUGUUCAAGCAAAUCACACUCUCACUGCAUUGAGGGUGGGUCAAAAUCCAUUCACACCUGACGUCGCUACGAUCAUUCUCCGAGCCAUCGUCGAAUCAGAGAGCUCGGAUAUACGAGAGCUGGAUUUGACCGAUAUCGUCGUAGAAGAAGAUUUUAUGAAGCUGCUGUCGGACGUGAAGAAGAAACGACUGCUUUUGGUCAAACACGGGCCAGUUAUCAAGAAGGGAGAGUCAAUGAUGAAAGAAGGGGACCAAAUCAGUGGUUUCACCGACCCCGUACAGGCGCUCUACGAGUACAUGUCCCAGAAGGGGUAUAGAGUAAUCGACCUGUUCAAGAGAUUCGAUACCGACCGGUCUAUGAGUGUGACGAGGGACGAGUUCUACAGUGGAUUAGUUCAAGCGCACGUGCCGAUGACUGUUGGUCAGCUUGAAGACUUGAUGGAAAAACUGGACAAGAAUAAGGAUGGUCAAGUCGACCUCAAAGAACUUAUGGAUGGUGAGAAACUGUUCCGAAGGAAGUCCAUCAGGAAAAAGCUGAGGAGGCAGUCCAGCGAGAAGGUGAUCCGCAGACAGAGGGCGGGGAGUUUGCCGGACCUGAACGUGGGCUCGGAGCGAGGCAAGAACAGCACAACAGGGUUACCAGCGCUGGCCGAAUAAUAGAACGAUUCAUCUUUAUUUUUAAACACUUAUGUUUAUUGGUGUCUUAUCGCACCCAUCAACACAAACUAGAUACGAUAUUCACUGACGGGCUUUGACCCUGUCUGACAGGAAAGAAGCGCGAUACUCGAUAAAAAUUAUCUCACACAGGUUUUGAACUCGUGCCUUCUGCGUGCGGUGGCAAAAAUAUCUUUACGCUUCAUCACAGACGACUAAAUGAAGAAGUGAAACAAUUAACCAAAUCAUUGUUCUUUUUUCUGUAUUGCAUUGAUUUGAAUUAGUAUAACGUCGUAUUAGACACUAUGAUUAUUACUUUUUCAGGGCUGAGUACUUGACACCAGUUUGAGGAGAAAAGAAAAAGAAGUUUUACUUUUAGUAAGAGAUUUACUGCAUUUACAACACAGAUAGGCCACAUAAGUGUCGAAGAUUAAAUGUGUUACUAGACAAUAACAUGCACACAAAAGGAGUAGUGUUGAGGACGAUAGAUGUUUCCUUGCAAAGAAAGAUUUAUUGUUUACUUACUUGUGUAUGUCGGUUCUAAUUAUGCCGCAAUAUUGCUUUAUUUUGUUGUGCUGAUGAUUUGAAGUGUUAUGUAUGCGCUAAGUAGUUAAGUGAUACAUGGUGUUCUCGAGAGGUUUGAUAAUUUAGAUAAAGUUAAUAAACCUAAAUGCAGAAAAUAAGCUUAGAAGAAUGCUGACGGAGGGGGAAGAGAAAUAACAAAUAGUGCUAACUACUUUAAUUGUUUGUAAUACUAGACUAAUUCUCAGGGGCAGGCUGGAUAAUGUUUGAUAAGCCCUUCUGUGACAGAUAUAAUUAUUCUGAAAACGAUAGCGGACAGCUAUACGACAUUGCGCAACGGAGCUCGGCGCACCUGUAUGCGGUCGUGGUCUAUCGCUGAACGAUAUGAGAAAUGAAAUAUUGUAAUUGUGUGUUAGUCUUUCUCGUGGGGAUUAAAGACGAGAUAUUUAGUUUCGUCUGCCACGGACCGUGUAAAUGACAUGGCGCUUUGGUGUACAGGCAGAGUAGAGAGAGAGA